UCAUCCGAAAAUGGUUACUUUACAUUUCUAAGUGGCAUAAUUUCUAAUAAAUAUUUGUUUUUUUAGAAUCAUUUUCGCUAAUUAUUAUGAUUUUCUUAAAGUAUCUUUGAGCCCGUCAAGUCACAACUCUUUAGACUUUCAAAUAAGUGUGUUUAUGUGAUAUUCAAACAUGGGUAACUGUUUUGGAGGAUCUCGCCCAGAACCUGUUUCCACAACUGUAGAGACAUCACCAUCCCGAGGCACAGAAAACGGUGCCUUGACUAAUAAGGCUACCAGUGCAGCAGCAUCAAAUACAAACAAUUCUCAAGGCAGUCCAUCUCCUUUAAAUCAGUCGCCACAACGCAAAGUUGACACAAUAGAUUUAGUGCCUUCUGGGCCUCUAAAAGUAUUUGUUGCAUUGUACGAUUAUGAUGCACGUACAGAUGAAGACUUGUCUUUUAGAAAGGGAGAACAUUUGGAAAUAAUCAAUGAUACACAAGGAGAUUGGUGGUAUGCUCGGUCAAAAACAACAAAGAAAGAGGGUUAUAUUCCUUCCAACUAUGUUGCAAAUUUAAAAAGCUUAGAAUCUGAAGCAUGGUAUUUUGGAAAGAUAAAAAGAGUUGAGGCUGAAAAGAAGCUGCUGUCACCUGAAAAUGAACAUGGAGCUUUCUUAAUAAGAGACAGUGAAAGUCGAAGAAAUGAUUACUCUUUAUCAGUUCGUGAUGGAGACACUGUUAAGCAUUACAGAAUUCGUCAACUAGAUGAGGGAGGUUUUUUCAUUGCUCGUAGAGUAACAUUCAGAGCACUUUCAGAACUAGUUGACCAUUACAGCGCAGAUUCUGAUGGCCUAUGUGUCAACCUUAGAAAAGCCUGCUCUCAGAUUGAGAAGCCACAGACUGUUGGGUUAUCUUACAACACUAAAGAUCAAUGGGAAAUCCCCAAAAGUUCUCUUAAGCUUAUUCGCAAAAUUGGCCAUGGACAAUUCGGAGAAGUGUGGGAAGGCUUAUGGAAUAACACAACACCAGUGGCUAUCAAAACACUUAAGUCAGGCACCAUGGAUCCCAAAGACUUCUUGGCUGAGGCUCAGAUAAUGAAAAAGUUGAGACACCCCAAACUUAUUCAGCUGUAUGCUGUGUGCACACAAGAUGAACCCAUUUACAUCAUAACAGAACUCAUGAAAAAUGGUAGUCUUCUUGAAUACUUACAAGGUAAAGUUCGUGUUCUGCCCUUCCCAUCACUGGUUGAUAUAGGAGCCCAAAUAGCCUGUGGAAUGGCUUAUCUUGAAUCCCAAAACUACAUUCACAGAGAUCUUGCAGCUAGAAAUAUUCUUGUUGGUGACAAUAACAAUGUAAAAAUUGCAGAUUUUGGUCUAGCCAGAGUUAUAAAAGAGGAUGAGUAUGAAGCCCGUGUUGGUGCCAGGUUCCCUAUUAAAUGGACAGCACCAGAGGCAGCCAACUUCAACAGGUUCACCAUCAAAUCAGAUGUAUGGUCAUUUGGAAUUUUGCUGACAGAAAUUGUAACUUAUGGACGGGUUCCAUAUCCAGGGAUGACCAAUGCUGAGGUUCUGCAUCAAGUAGAGCAUGGCUACAGAAUGCCCUGCCCACCAAACUGCCCUAAACCUUUGUAUGAAAUCAUGCUAGACUGCUGGCGUAAAGAAGAAAUUGAAAGACCAACAUUUGAAACAUUGCAGUGGAAACUGGAAGAAUUCUUCUCAAUGGAUCCCAAAGAAUAUAGGGAAGCAUCAUUUGUAAGAUAGGCCUGUUCACUUUAACUAUCUUUUAUGUACAUUCUAUUUUAUUAGAGCCAAACAUUUUUGUAAUAUUUGUAUAUACUUUUCUCAUAUUAUUUAAUAAAAAUCUUGUCAAAUUUAAAAUUAUUAGCAAAAGUUGUGCAUGGAAUACUAUGAGUAAUGGAAGUUCAGUUGAAGAAUGUAAGAUUUUUGAAUGAUUGUAAAUCAGAUCACCUGAGGAAAUUAAAAAAUGAAUAAAUGAAAAUGUGAAUGAAUGUAUGAAAAUGAUAACUGAUGAUGCAAAUAGAAAGAAAACUGUAAAAAAUAACAAUCAAUCAAGUUUUUAAUUCAUUAAAAAUCAUGAAAUUGAAUUAUCAAAACAAAAUAAACAUAGGCAAUAUGUAGUUUAUUGACAUAGCUACCCGUUGUUUUUAUUUUAAUAUACUUGACGAGUUUUCAGAGCAUUGUAGUGAUUACUAAAAAGAUCUGUUUUGAACUUAGUUGUAGUAAUUUAAUAGUAGCAGUUUAUGCACUUAUCUUUUUAUUAAUAUUUAGGAAAUAAAAUCUUUAAUGUAUUUUAAGUUAUGGCAAACAUGCUUUAAAUCUGGAAUGAAAUAGUUUUAAAAAAUAAAUACGAACAAAGACAUCACUUGAAUCUAAAGCAAAAUAAUUAGUAUUUGGAUAGUUUAACAAAUGGAUAAGUUGUUGUGUGUGAACAUGCUGUAAAGGCCUGGUGAUAUUUUUUUUCUGUCAAAUAAUUUUUUGUACUAAUGUAUUCAAGUAAUAUCAAAGUCUGCUUGACAAAGUAACAAUUUUUGUUACCACUUAGUGGAUGUGAAUCUUUGCAUGCAUAAACUAAAUUAACUGAACUAAAUAUUCUAGGAAAAUAAUGCAUAACAACAUGACCCACAGUAGGCUUUUGUUAACACAUUUUUAUACUAAUAAUCAUAAUAAUCUUGAUUCAUCCAUGUGAGAUUUGUCACUUGUCCAAAAAUUGUCACAUGAUUUUUGGAUUAUUUAUCCAUGUGUAACAUAUGACAUAGUUCAGCCCAUUCCUGACUUUUGUAUGGAUUUAUUUCCAAGUUUUGGGUAGCUUUUUAUGUGUAAGGUUGUGCAGCUAUCUUCACUCUGCAUGUGGAUGAAUUAGCACAAAAUAUCUGGUCAUUGUUAAAUAUUUCCUACAGCUGUUGUCCAUAGUAGAGUGCUCAGCUUGCUUAGUGUUGCACUGAUUGUACACAGCAGCACUGAAUGUUUAUGUACCCACACGUGUCCCUUACACUUUUAUAGAAUACACCUGUUUAUGUAAUGUAGGGUAAAUUACUCUUGAGCUGUAAUUCUUACAAAUGUCAAUUUUUUAGUUACAUUUUUUUUAUUUUUUUGCUAAGUUCGUAUACAUUAUUUGUUUAGAUAAUCUACUUAGUUUGUGUAUUUGAAUUGUGUAAUUUUUUUUUACAUCAUUCAAAAGUUUAUGUAUUUUUGUACUAAAUGAUGAUGCCUUUGUUUAAGAUAGAGCUUUAUUUUGAUAGCGAAUAUUGAGUUAGUUGAAGGUUGCUGAGGAACAACAAACUAUACAAGCUAUUGACUUGACAUUCCUGUAUAUGAUCUCCCAACCUAAACAUACUUCAAAUGAAUUCUACCAGGUCAGAUGGUGUUCAUUUUUACACUAGUUGAAUGCAUUCACUGGACCCCCUAGGUGUUAAAAACCCAAGAAUCACUUGUCACUAAGCUGAUUACAUUAUCUCCCCUUUUCAAAUCACCAGUGUACUAAUGGGUUCUUCCCCUUCCAUCAGCACUGGUCCCUGUCUCAGAGAAAUGCAUACUUCUACAUUGAUGUAUAAUGUUUGUGUCUUCUCUGUAUUUGGUGCUUAAAUAUUUUGCAGCUAAUGAGCUGUCAUGUCUUAACAGUAUUUAGCAUGUAAAGUUUAAGUCUUUAGCCCUUAUUGAAACUUUGUAUUCUGAUUCUUAAUGAAUUGUAUUUGCCCCAUGUGCUGUGCAUAUAGAUGUGUAUAAAGUUAUUUGAGUGUAUUACUGAAUGUGGCUGGUGAGGAUGAGAUUGGGUGUAUGAAUUCCUGCUAUGAUUGUGUGAUAGUGGACUACUUUUCUAAGACAGUAUGAGAGGCGUAACAAUGCUGUGACAUAACUAGUCUAUAUUUUCAUCCAUUUAUCUUGUCAGGUUUUUAACUAUCUCUGCUUCAAAUGUUCAGGGGUGCCACUUUUCCGGGAUAUCCCGGAUUUCCGGAUUCGAGAAUCAUAUUUUUUUCCCUUUCCGGAUUCGCAAGAUUUGAGUUUAAAAAUUUCCGGGUUUUCAUUUUUAAAAAAAAUUUAGAUCGUUUUAAGCUUGAAAAUUUUGGCAUUGUAAAAACCGUUUUUAUCGUCAACACUCCCGCUAAUGGCCUUUUCCGAAAAAAAUGAAUAGUAAAUGACGUCAGCAACAAUCUCACGCGUGCGCCAAGGACCAAAUACAAAUCGGCUGUAUCAGAUGGGUGAGGCUGUAGACGAAACUUUUUGAUGUCAUUCGUGGUGUGGUUGUCUAGCUAUUUAUGACGAUAUGGGUUGGGGGUAAAACUCGCAUUAUUUACGUGAUGUCAUCAAUGGGAUACCGCUAGGCUGUGUAAUAAAAACAACUAAAGCCUACAAGUACUAGCUCAAGCUCACUAGCAUCGCCGAUGGUCUUUAAAAAAAAAAAAAACUGAAAGAUUUUGCUCCGAUCAUAAAAAAAAUUAUUUUUUUGUAUUUGGUAUUACCAAAAGAAAAGAAAAAAACUAUUUGAAGGACUAUUUUAUGUAUUUUUACCACCUCUUACCCGCUUCUUCAAGGUCGCGCUGACCGUAAGACCUACGUCACGAGACCACGUGAACACAGUCUGAGUCGUGUCUCUCGGUCAAGGCAGUUCUACAAGUACAAGCGCUGUUUAAUUUUAACGUGGUUAUUUUUAAUAAGGGCCUACUUCUAGAUUCAAGAAAAAAAAACUAGAACUGCAUCGUUUUAUAUCAUUAAACAAAAUAUGUAGGCCUGCUAUAAUUUAGUUACACAAUCUAGCAGGGUCUACAUCUAAUUGUUUUUUUUUACUUUGGUAAAACGUCAUUGAAAUGUUUAAAAAACCUUGAAGUACCGUGUCUGAGAAAAUAGCCGCUAUCACUGCCCCCUCCCAACCGCUUGUAAAAAAAAAAUCAGCUUUUCACUUAGUCGGGCGGCUACAUCUCUGACAUGAGUAUUACUAGCGUAGUUACUUCUAAAAUUAUUUUUAAAAUUAACUUAAUUCUGUUAUUCCGCGAUAUGGACUUAAAACUUCCAUGAUAUUUCUUCACGUCAUCAUGUAUAUCAAUGGUGGGGGCGUUGGGGUCGUUCAUAAAUGACGUCACACUCGUAAGGGGAGGGGGGUUCGUAAUUUUGUCAUGAGGGGGAGGGGUUCAGAUGGUGUGACAUCACACUUUUGCAUUAUCCAAAAGCUAUGUUAGAAAACGAAUUUUAGCCGUUAUUUCGCGUUUUAGAAUAUUGUUUCAAUAAAGUGUAAUAGGAAUUGAUUAAAAUACUCUAUGUUGACAGAGGUCAGACAAGAUUUUUGGAAAAUAUCGUAUUUUAAAAAAAAUUCGACUGCAAUUUUUAGGGG